AUGGAGAUGGCAGAAGAUACAAGAGAAAAUAUUGUGAUUGUGGGUGGUGGGAUUUGUGGCCUUGCCACUGCUCUUGCUCUUCACAGGAAGGGCAUAAGAAGCUUGGUCCUAGAAAGAUCAGAGAGUUUGCGAGCAACGGGAGUAGCUAUCAUUAUUCAUUCUAAUGGAUGGCGUGCACUUGAUCAACUUGGUGUUGCCUCCUAUCUUAGACAAACUGCUAAUCCUAUACUAUCGGGACAAUUCAAGUCACUUAAUGAUAACAAGCUACAAAAAUUACCAGUUGGGAAAGAAGAAUUACGAUGUGUGAAAAGGACUGAUCUGAUGAAUAUCAUGGCUGAUAAUCUGCCAAAGAACACCGUACGUUUUGGGUGCAACGUACUUUCUAUCGAGUUGGAUCCCAUAACUUCUUCUCCAGUUCUUCAACUUCAAGAUGGAACCAGUUUGAAUGCCAAGGCUGUGAUCGGAUGCGACGGAGUGAACUCUACGAUUUCAUAUAUGAUGGGGGCGACGGCUACAAAUAUAUUCAACGUAUGUGGGAUAAGAGGUUUCACAAGUUAUCCGAGUGGUCAUGAAUUCGGCAGUGAGUUCAAACUCACCAAAAAAGAUGAUGUUCAAGUCGGACUAUUGCCCAUGACCACCAACCUGGUCUAUUGGUUCCUUACUCGCAAAUAUAUAUCGCGCAAGUCCAAGAUCUCCCACAGCCAGAAAUUAAUUGGGGAUAUGGCAGCUGCAUCAGUGAAGGACUUUCCUUCUAGCAUCAAAGAGAUGGUAGAGAAUUGCUCACUAGAGUCUCUACAUCUUUCUGACUAUAUGAGAUACCGACCAACGUGUGACAUACUACGAAGACGAUUUCGGGUGGGAACAGUAACAGUGGCAGGAGAUGCCUGGCAUGCAAUGGCUCCGUUCAUUGCUCAAGGUGGCUCAGCCUCUUUGGAAGAUGCAGUUGUGCUGGCUAGGUGCUUGGCGCGAAAGACUAUUGUUGGUAUUCCAAGUGGAAGAGUAAGCAAGACGAUGGUAGAAGAAGCACUUGAUGAAUACCUAAAAGAGCGGAAACCGCGAGUUCUAAGACUAUCUUUGCAGACGUACCUAAUUGGGAAAAUGCAUGAUACUUCAUCAAAAUUUAUCAAGUUCAUAUGCAUUGUGUUCAUGGCGAUCAUAUUCUACGACUCGCAUGGACAUACUCGUUAUGAUUGUGGUACCCUCUGA